AUGUAUAUAGCUAUCUUUCUCUCAGAAUCUUUUACUUACUUUAACUUACUUUCUGUUUCAUUUCCUUUAUUCUUUCCAAUAUUAUACCAUCUCUGUUUUGCUUUUUUGUUUUUUUUAAUUAUUAUACCACUUGAUUUUCUCUCUAUCUUUCUUUCUAUCUCUAUUCCCUCUGAUAUUGCCGUCACUUUCUUUCACCACCUGAAUUAUUUCGUUUCUCUGUAUCUAUUUAUUUCUAUCUCUAUUCCUUUUUUAAUUGCCGUCACUCUCUUUCACCGACUAAAUUAUUUCGUUUUUCUCUUUCUUACCAUCUCUAUUCCUUUUUGUAUUGCUUUAUUUCGUUUCUCUCUAUCUAUUUCAUACCAUCUCUAUUCCUUUUUGUAUUACUGUCACUCUCUUUCACCGCCUGAAUUAUUUCGUUUCUGUCUAUCUUUCUUUCUGUCUUUAUUCCUUCUUAUAUUGCCUUCCGUUUUGUAUUGCCGUCACUAUCUUUCACCGUUUUCUUACUCUCUUCUAAUCUCAGAUAAUUCUUCCUUAUUUGUUUUCUAUACCACCUUCUUCUUUAUUUCCAGUCUUUUACAAUCUGGUCUUAUUUUUCUUUUCUUAUUUUAUUAUUCGUUCAUUGCUCUUAAUAUCUUUCUUUCUAUCACAUGUUCUUUGUAUAUUUGUAGAGCUCUUUUUUUUAACUUUUCUCUUCUCUCCGCCAUUUCUCUCUUUCCUCUUACAAUCAUAUAUUCCUGUUUCAUUCUCACUUUGUCACGCCUCAUUUUUUAUCUUUCCUCUCUUUUAAUAUCUCAUAUUUUCACUUCUCUCUCUCUCUCUCUCUUUAUUCUUCUACACAUUUCUUGCACUUCUUUCUAUCGCUUUCAUACUUUCUUCGUUCUUUCUUGA